GCGCUAAAGGAGCAGCGCGAACAAAGCGGCGUCCGCGGGCGCGCUGAUUGGCUGCUGCGCUCUCUGAGGUCUGGAACAGCAGAUGGGGUAUUCCUCCUCCUCAAACUGCGAUUGUUCCCGAUGCGAGCACAGAAGCUCGGUUUGAGUUGGAGUGGGGAAAGCCUUGGAUCGGUCCAUAGCGUCGCGGAUGGUAGGUUCGUUCAGUUUAGUGCCGUCUGCAGGCUUAAAAGCACAGAUAAGAUUCAAACCCCUUCCGAAUCUGAUCUGAGCGACGGGCAUCGUGACAUCGGGCAUCUGGAGAGCAGAGAUCUACGAGAGGGGGAGUACUUCCAUGCAGUCGUGGCUAAGAUAAAAUGGAUGACAGGAAUGACGGUGUGCGGGUUGGAGAGAAUAAGUUCAUCAGCAAGAGCAGCAUUCUCUCUCAUUUAAAGACCUACAAUCUCUACUAUGACGGAAAGAACCUGCAGCUGCGCCACAGAGAGGAAGAGGAGGAGCUGAUCAUAGAAGGACUUCUCAACAUCUCAUGGGGUUUACGUCGACCAAUCAGGCUUCAGAUGCAGGAUGACCAUGAGCGAAUCAGACCUCCUCCCUCCUCUACCUCCUGGCACUCGGGGUGUAAUCUAGUCAACCAGAGUCAGGAUGGUCAGAAACCGACUCCUCAAACUCCACCUCAGAUGAAAGUGACGCCCCCAGAGGACCAAUCAAGCAAUGGCACAACAAAUGACCAUGAAGAAGAAGAAGAGGUGUGUGACGUCUCCGCUCAGCUUCUUAGAACCAAAAGUGAUGCUGGUGUACUGAGGCGGGGCAGGAGACGGUCUCCUAGCGACCAGCGGCGAAUCAGAAGGCACAGAUUUUCCAUCAACGGUCACUUCUACAACCACAAGACAUCUGUGUUCACUCCUGCAUAUGGUUCUGUAACUAACGCACGGAUCAACAGCUGUAUGACCACACCACAGGUGCUGCGGGUGUUACUGAAUAAGUUUAAGAUCGAGAACAGCCCAGAUGAGUUCGCCCUCUAUCUCGUUCAUGCCAGCGGAGAACGUGUUCAGCUGAAGCAUAUGGACUACCCGUUAGUAGUGAGAAUACUUCAGGGACCAUGUGAGCAUGUCUGCAAGAUCUUUCUCAUGGAGCAGGAUCUGGGAGAGGAGAUUCCCUAUGAAGUGGCGCAGUACAUCAAAUUUGAGAUGCCUGUCCUGCAGAGUUUUAUUACCAAACUGAAGGAAGAGGAGGACAGGGAGGUGCAGAAGCUGAGAAGCAGAUACAAGUAUCUGCGGUGUAUCAUUGAGAAGCAGCUCCAGUGUUCACCAGAGGGCUCCACCUGUAUGUGACGAGCACUUGCCCUUCUUCAUGUCAAUCAAUGGACUUCCAGACAGAAUUUUAGCAGCCCCUUCUGUCCUAAAUGAUUAGGAUGCAUUGAUAUUUGCUGACCAGUGGAUGGUACAUCUUAUUAUAUAAAAAUUCUUUAUAUUUUUCUCUACAUUUGUUGGUGCUGUAGGGAAUCACAUGCAGGUACAAUAAUAUAAAAGCACAUUCCACUAAACCAGGGAAUUUCAUCAUCUAGUGAUAACUGGAAAGAGCAAUUAUAAUGAGAAGCACAAAGUAACAGAGAUAAAUGCUUACAACUUUAGUAUUAUUUGUUUGGUUUAACCCAUUAAAAGGGUGAUGGCUGACUGAUCACUUUACAUGUUGGAUGUUUUGAGAAUAUAUGCGGUCUGAGCCAACCUGUUGUACCAUUACAGUCUGAUUACAACUCCAUUUGUCCAACGUCUCUUUUAGACCGCGAUUAGAAAUCUUUUUGUACCAGAAUGGUAAGAAGCAAAGUAAAAGACUGUGAAUUUAAAGGAUGAUUGAAAACGGAGUGAAGCAGCACAAGGGAUUGUAGCGAAUGAAUAUGUGAAUGUUGUUUGGGAUGUUUGAAUGGGCAAGUCAGUAUGUUUGGGUAUCUGAAGAGUACAGCAUGGCUGUAGUUGUUACGAAAGAAAAAGAGAGCUUCAUAUUUUGCUUUUACAUUUAGACUCUCGCACCUAUGACUGAC